CAUGCCAAUGAUCCAGAUUGGAUCGGGUAUGGUGAUAUAUCCAUGUCUCCUUAUGAUACUGCUUGGGUCGCAAUGAUUCCUAGUAAAAUUUAUAAAGAAUCAAAAAUUUCAAAGGAUUUCAGCUUAGCAUUCCCUCAAUGUUUCUUAUGGUUUUUAAAUAACCAAGACAUUCAUGGUAGUUGGGCUGGUAGUGGUGUUAGUGGCAUAGUACCAGGACUUGCAGGUCUUCUUGCUCUAGGUCUUUUCCAAACACAUUCCGGAGAAUUCUUUGAAACUAAAUUGAAUAAUUUGGGAAUAACUAUUGUGCAAUUUAUUGCAACUUUUGAGAAAGCCAAAAAUUUUUUACGAAAAGCAUUAAACGAAUGGAAUCUCGACAACUUUGAUGACAUGGUAUGCUUUGAAUUAAUAAUUCCUUACCACCUCUCGGCUCUGGCACAACUUAAAGAACCGGUUGUGUUUGAUUUCCCUGAAAGUGAACGAAUUUUACAAGAAGGUCAAAGAAAAAUGAACCUUAUCCCUCUGGACAAGAUUAUUUUUCAAGCAAAAAGCCAACCAAUAACCCUUACACAUUCUAUUGAAGUAUUUUGCGAGAAAAUAGACCUUUCACGAAUUCAAAAUAACGGCUUUCAAGCAAUUAAUGGUAGCUAUGGAUCUUCACCAGCCGCUACUGCUUCAGUGCUUUUACAUGCUCAGAAAUGGGAUGAUAAAGCAUUCGAAUUUUUGGAAAAGAUAAUUUCAAAAUGCCCAUCUUAUGCAAAAAGUCACGGUCUUGUUCCUACUAUAUGCGAUGUAGGAUUAUUUGAAACUAAUUGGAUUAUGCAAUCCAUUGGAGAAUUAUGUCUAAAUAUUCAGGAAGACAAGAAAAUUAACCACAAGUGCAAACAUAUAUUAAUAAAAAAACUUUUUUCAAAGAAUCUUGCACUUAUUAAAUACUUAUCUGCAUUAAACAAAGAACAUAAUGGAACUAUUGGAUGGACUAGUUGGGACAAUAAAAUACCGAAAGAUGUUGACGAUUCAACUGUAUGUAAUUGGCUUAUUAAGAAGUUCGAUUCUGAUAGUGCAGUUGAUCUUGACAUUAUCGAAAAGACUUUUUAUAAUGGAAAAUAUUUUAUCACUUAUCCUAAUGAACGAACAUUCUCGAUAAGUUGUAAUGUGCAUGCCAUCAAACUUUUUGUUUUAGAGUAUCAAAGUUUGCAAACGGUGAACAUCUCUACUUCUAAUACUGGUGUUACAAGAAUAUUUGAGUUAGAAGAGAUAAUUGUAACUGCAACAAAUUUUCUAAUUUCACAACGAGAAAAAGAUGGCAUUUGGUUUGAUAAAUGGAACAAAAGUCCAGCUUAUGUAACUUUCAAAGCAAACAAUUUGCUAUUAUCCUUACAAGAGCACCCAAACCUAUGUGCCAAAUUAGGAUUCGCAACGAAUGAAGACCUUCGUAAUUUUUGCAAAAAAUCUGUCGAUUGGGCAUUAAAUACACAACAUGCUGAUGGAAGUUGGGGUGAGCCAUCAAAUAUAGGACCUGGAAAUCUUGAAGAAACAAGUUAUAUUGUAAGGCUCCUAAAGACUGCUACUAAGAAUUGGUCAGAUGAUAAAGUGAUUAAAUCAGCAUUAUAUAAUGGUAGGAAAUAUCUUAUUAAACAUCUUGAUGAAUCAAUAAUGGAUCAAGAAUAUUUUCAUACAAAGCAGCCUUUUUUGUGGAUUGGCAAACAAUAUUUUACUAUUCCGAGAGUUAUCAAAUCAUCUAUUCUUGUAUCACUUUGGGAUUAUUAA